GCCAGCCUGGGGAGGGCUCCUCAUCCAGUGGAUCUUCCAAUCGUGCUCGCGCGUCAGCACGUUGCUCCGCCAGUGGGCCUCAUUCGAAUUCCGCAAAGUCCGAUCUCGCUUCGUGUGAAUCCAUCAUUCCUCUGCGAUUUCUUCAGCCCAUUCCUCUAGCUCGAUCCGCAGCAUUCCGCCGAUGGGACGGGACCACGGUGGCAAGUCAAUAGCACCAGCAGUUUCCUCGCCCACAAACCAGGAGUGGCUGCACUGUAGGCCGAGCCAGUGGAUCUGAUGGAGGUCAAUCUCGGGGCCUUUUAAGGGCCGCGGCGGUUUCAGAACAUAGAACUCACUCACAGCUUCAGCCCACUCUCUCAGUGGGAAAAGCCGAGCAGAAUUCUUUCACCAUGGACCGAAGGGGGAUUUCAAAUGUGCUCUAUGUGUUCGCCAUAGUUUGGGUUGUUUCUGCCAGGCCCAUUCAGUCGACAUGGCUGUCGGAGGACUUCUACUCGGACGACUGCCCAGACUUGAUGCAAAUCAUGAGAGACGCGAUGAACGUCACCGCAGAAAACGACCCCGUCAAUUUGCCAGCCAUCCUUCGUCUCUUCGCCCAUGACGCCAUGGUCAAUGGUGUCGAUGGUUCCGUCUUGCUGGAUUCGAAGCCGGGCGCCAAGCUGCCAGCAGACAAGGCCGAGAAAGACGCGCCGAUCAACUUGUCGCUCUUCGGAUUCGAGGCCGUGGAAUUCUUGAAGGGCGAGGUCGAAAUGGCGUGCCCGGGGGUCGUCUCGUGCGCCGACGUACUCACCAUCGCUGCGCAGUUAUCGAUCGAGAUGAGCGGCGGACCCGUGUACCAGUCUCUUCUGGGACGCCGCGACGGUAAAGUGUCACGGUACAACGAUGCCGUAGCUCAGCUGCCCACCGAGACCAUGAGCUUGGACCAGCUGAACGCCAAUUUCGCAUCCAUUGGCCUCGAUCAAACGGACCUGGUUGUUCUCAGUGGGGCGCAUACGAUCGGAUUUGCUCACUGCGAAGCCUUCUCGAAGAGAAUCUACAACUUCAGCUCGACGGAUCCAAUUGAUCCGACCAUGGACUGGACUUUGGCUGAUCAGUUGAAGCAUGUGUGCCCUCUGAAGCCUGAUCCUAACACCGUCCAAGCGCUGGACAUCACGACCAUCGAGACUUUUGAUGAGAGUUUCUACUUCAAUCUGCAGAUUAAUGAAGGACUUUUGGCUUCGGAUCAGCUUCUGUACACGAGUGAUGCCACAUCUCCGCUGGUGGACCAAUUCGCCGCUGACAAAACCGCCUUCUUCGACUCUUUCGUUACAUCCAUGAUCAAGCUCGGUAAUGUCGGUGUGCUCACCGGUACCCAGGGAGAGAUUCGAGAAGUUUGCAGUAUGGUGAACCCAUCGCCCCCACCACCACCGAGGGCUUCUCCACCCCCACCACCUCCAAGGGCUUCUCCUCCCCCACCACCUCCAAGGGCUUCUCCUCCACCGCCACCAAGGGCAUCCCCACCACCACCUCCAAGGGCUUCUCCCCCACCACCACCAAGAGCAUCCCCUCCACCACCUCCAAGGGCGUCUCCACCCCCGCCACCAAGAGCAUCCCCUCCACCCCCACCCCCGUCACCAUCGCCUCCACCACCCCCAUCGGCAUUGUAACAGCUUCAACACCAUGAAUUCAUAACAGAUCGAGAACAGCACCCGUAGAGAUCGUUUCAAAUUCACACUCUUUUGCAGCACCUUGGAAUAUUUGUGACACUGUCUUACUCUGGACCAACUCCUGCGAGUCGACUUUAAUUUACUUUCACGAGGCCAAGCAUUUCCCUGCUGUGCACUUUAUACAUCAAACUGUCACCCGAAAUAUCUUCGUUCAGAGGGAAGAUUUAGUAGGGUGCUCGGACUAACAGGCACUUUACGUGCUGCUGAUGAUAGAUGUAGUAUUGGAUGAAGGAGGAACUAAUUCUGAUGAUCUGAUCCACGUAAAUGACGGAACUAGUAGAAGUAAUUAUAAAUUGAAGUUAGCGUUUGCACCUUGAAUAAAAGGUGAUCUACCCACUGAUGUUCAGACAAUUGUCAGCUUUUGUGGCUUGAAUAAAAGUGAUG